GGGAAGUGAGGCUUGAACAGGAGAGCGGGCUGCACAACAAGUGUUUCACAGCACAAUAACAAGUUGCACUGAGGACUCCACUCAACUUUCUCCUUCUGGCUUUUUUUUGUUUGACAACGAACAAGUUCGGUUUGGAGGAACUUUUAGUGAGGGGUGGGGGAAAAAAGAAGAAAAAAGGAACAAGUUAGGACAUUAACUGUUAAUUGGCUCAUUUGGAUCACCCGGUGCUCCCGCUCCAGCUGCGGGAACACCAGGUUAUCACAAUUGUUGUAAAAACAUCGAUUUAACGUUUUUAAGUCUUUUUUUUUUUCAUUUUUUUCAAGCAUGUAUAGCAUGAUGGAGCACGAGUUAAAGCCCAACGGGCAGCAGGUUCAUCAUUCCUCCCAGGGGAUAUCACCCAUCCCAGGCAACAUGAACCCGGGGAAUGGCGUCUCUCACCCGGGCUCCAAGUCCGCCGGCGUCGUGGACCCGAUGGACAAAGUGAAGCGGCCCAUGAACGCCUUCAUGGUGUGGUCGAGGGGGCAGAGGCGCAAGAUGGCUCAGGAGAACCCCAAAAUGCACAACUCUGAAAUCAGCAAGCGGCUGGGGGCGGAGUGGAAGCUGCUGAGCGACGCCGAGAAGCGGCCGUUCAUCGACGAGGCCAAGCGGCUGCGCGCCGUCCACAUGAAGGAGUACCCGGACUACAAGUACAAGCCCCGCCGCAAGACCAAGCCCAUGCUGAAGAAGCACGACGCCCAGAUGCCCAAGUACCCGGCCCUGUCCGCGGGGAACCUGCUCCAGCAGGUGACGGCGGCGCAGGGGCAAGGAGUGAGCCCCAGGAUGGAGAGCUACGGAUGGGGCCCCGCGGGAGGUUACGCCGGCAUGCAAGGCGAGGCGCUGGGCUACACUCAGCAGCUGCACCGCUACGACCUGUCGGCCCUCCAGUACCCCCCUGCCAUGACGGCGGCGCAGACCUACAUGAACGGGAACAACUCCUACAGCCCGAUGUCUUAUACCAGCAGUCCCCAGCAGCCCAGCCCAGUCACCAUGUCCAUGGUCAAACCGGAACCAGUUUCCCACUCGCCUCCGACACCCACCCACCACCGGGGCGGCCCCCUGCAGGGUGACCUCCGGGACAUGAUCAGCAUGUACAUCCCGGGAGGUGGCGACACAGGUGACCCCGCGGCGGCGGCUGCAGCGGCGGCGGCGGCGGCACAGAGGGGCUACGGCAGCGUCCAGCAGCACUACCUCAGCGGGACAGUCCCACUCACUCACAUCUAGAAGCCGCGCCCCACACCCCGAAAGUGUACAUAUUUUUUUUAAGUUUUUUUUUUUUUUUUUAGACCCACGAUUCGGCUCUUGACUGACAAAUCUGAGCGGGCCUUGAGACCAACCUGUAUAACAAAACACUUUUGGUUUUGUCUUAAAAUGGAUGACGCCACCCAUGGAGACGGUUUUUCUUCUUUUUUGACAUAAAUGAACCGUGUUUUUAAUCCUAGUUUGAUAUGGACACAGUUUUGUUUUUAGAAUUGCAUUAAUGCUCUCCGUGGCUGUUUGGGACCCAAUGGGGGGGUCGCAGGUGGCCCCGUGCACCUGUGUGGACCUAAGCGGGAAGUUGUUUUUUAGCUGGAAGCAUCCAUUACUAACGACACACUUUUUUUCAAGAAAAGGGAGCAGAAAAAAACUGAUGUGUGAAUGUUUACAUUUUAAAAUCAAAUUAACCUGCUAUUUUUUUCUUAUAGAUUUCUAUUCUGUGUAUAAAUACAGAAAGAUAGUUACUGUAUGUAGCAUUCUUGUAAAUAUUGUACACAUUUUGAAGCUCUUAUAAUAAGAGCCUUUUUUGGAUUAAAAAAAAGACCUUUAUGGCUUUCAUGACUAUUAAUAAAAAGUAAAAAACAUACAAUUGUAAUGUUUAUUUUCAUUUUGAAGAUGUAUUUGUACUUGAUUGUUUGAUAACAUGUCUAUAAAUGAUUUAGUUCAAGGCAA